UAACAUUCCAUUAUACAUGAUCAUAAUGUGUCUUUUAUGUUUAUUUUUAUCAAUAUGAGUAAAGUCGCACAAUUUUUUAACUACGGAAUAAUUGAAAAAUUGUGUGUACAUAUUUGGAAUCGCGGAACAAUUUUUAAUUUUUAUAUAUUUUUGAUUAAAUAUACACUUGAUGAUAUACAUUUUUGAUUAGACAUAUAAAAUACAGAAAUAAUGAUUUAAUUAACUCAAGAUACGUAACGAUAACGGGGUACAGCAUCCAGAAUACUUUUAGACAACUUUUAUUUUUAUUUACUUUUAUUACUGUCAUUAAAUUAUAAUUAAUUUAGAGAAGCAUAUAUUGUUGUUACGUCUGUAACCAAGAGAGAAAAGAACAGCAAAUUUUCAUAUGAGUUGCGCAAUAAAUUGCCGGAUCGAUGAGUCGCGCUAUGAAUAGUUAAAUUCAUAUCUCAUUCGAUACACGAAGCCUAUUUUAAUAAGACAAACACAAAUUCGUUACGCAAGCGAGGUUUUGCAGAUCAAUAACAACGUUCUACAGUACGAUACUUUAAAUCGAGUUACAAAAUAGUUACGCAAAAUAUAUAAUUAAAAUUAUUUGUCAAGCGGAUUAAGUGCGUGACAAAGAAAUGCGUAACGUCGAAUUAUUCUAUCUGCUAUCCUAUUAUAUAAGUAAUAUAAUCAAUAAAUUAAUAAUUCAUCCAUCGAUUGUUUUUAUAAUAUCAAAGAUCUACUGAAUUAGAUCUAUUGAAAAAUAUUAAAUCUUUCAAAAAUUCGUCCAAAGAGAGAGAGAAUUUACAGUUUCUAAAAUAUUUUCCCGUAGAUGCGAGAAUAAAGGAGCGAGCGGGCAGAAAGGGACAUACUUUGGAGAAACCCCCGAAUAUGUAUCUCCGAGGAUUCUGGAUAGGAAAAUGCGAAGUAAAAAGUAGAAAACGAACGACGACCUCGAACAGAGAGGAUGGGGGAAAGCGCUCGACGAGAGCGAGAGGUUGCACUCGACAGCCACGGCGACUGCAACGUGAUCGCGGUACCACGUGACCCGCGCGGAUACAACAGUCACGUUGCACUCGGCGUGGCUCGGUCUCCUCUGCAUGCCUCUGCACGCUGCCCCCUCGUCCAUCUGCCUUCUUCGACUAUUGCGUUCGCAUAUGCGAUCCACUGUUAGCACGGUGCGGUGCCGUUUUUCGUCGCGCCCGUUCCUCGUCCGUUUUCAUAGUUGCAGUGAAAUUAAAAAAGAAAAAAAAUAAAUGUGAAAUCGGUGAAAUCUUUCUCGUGAUAGCCGUAAAAUUAAAAAAAGAAAAAAAAAUAGAUGCGAAAUCAGUGGAAUCGCACACGCCAGUGGAACGAUCGACUGUGAGUCUUAUCUGUUAUCGCGAUGCUUCGGGAAAUCGUGAUCUGCGUCGCGCAAUUCGCGUGUUAUCGCGCGAUUCACGAGCGUGCCAGUGAAACUCUUAUGCACGCGAACUGUUAACGUUCUAUUGUGUUGUUCAUCAUUUUUAUAAUUAAAAGAAUUAAUACCUUAAUUCUAUGUGACACACAAGGGGAAUGCAUUUGACGAUACAUCAACAUUGAUUACGACGACGUGGCUCAUCGACGUAACGAUUAACGAGUGUCGCGAAUGUGAAUUGUCGUCGUUGAUUUAAUUUAAUUUAAUUAAAAAAACUACGCAGUGAAUUUUCAACUCGGUGACCUGGAACCGCGACGAUGCGCGUUAUCGAUAGGACGAUCAGCUGAUGUAUGUGAAUCAUCGUCAAUUUAAUUUCUCGAACAUAUUCUUAAUUCGGGAACUGGUUGCGAGAGACUUUGCGCGAUAAUCACAUUAGAAAAAAAAUGCACGCUUUACAGCGAACUCGCUGUCCGCACCUUGCCGGCUGAGAAAGAGAGCUUUUUCCGCAACGAUUCGUCGCUGCCACAAGUCGCUCUCCGGACUUAUUGCAACGGACUGCAACGUCAGCUGGUAUCUUUCUAAUCCGGUGCGCUUUCACCAACUUCGAUCAAAGGUGUGCUGAGGAAAGAUGACGGGAAGUAAUAACAACGAAAUGGACCAGGGGGUGACAUCGGGCGUCCGGGGCGACGGUAGAAAGCAUACGGUUCAUUGGUUUCGUAAGGGACUCCGGCUGCAUGAUAACCCUUCGUUGAGGGAAGGUCUCGCGGGGGCGUCCACUUUCCGGUGCGUCUUCGUGCUGGACCCCUGGUUCGCCGGAAGCACCAACGUCGGCAUCAAUAAAUGGAGGUUCCUGCUGCAAUGUCUGGAAGAUCUAGACUGUUCCCUAAGGAAACUGAAUUCCCGUCUGUUUGUGAUCCGCGGCCAACCGGCCGACGCACUUCCCAAGCUCUUCAAGGAAUGGGGCACGACAAAUCUGACCUUCGAAGAGGAUCCGGAGCCAUUCGGCGGCGUGCGAGAUCACAACAUCUCGGCACUCUGUAAAGAGAUUGGUAUCUCGGUGGUCCAGAAAGUCUCGCACACUCUCUACAAACUGGACGAGAUCAUAGAGAGAAAUAAUGGGAAACCGCCGUUGACCUAUCAUCAAUUUCAAAACGUCGUCGCUGGCAUGGACCCGCCGGAACCGCCAGUACCAACGGUAACCGCCGCCUGCAUCGGUAGUGCCUAUACCCCUCUCAAGGACGACCACGACGAUCAUUACGGCGUGCCCACCCUCGAGGAACUCGGGUUUGACACGGAAGGCCUGCUACCCCCCGUGUGGGUCGGUGGCGAAAGCGAGGCCCUGGCUCGGCUCGAACGUCAUCUCGAGAGGAAGGCGUGGGUGGCGAGCUUCGGCAGGCCAAAAAUGACACCGCAGUCCUUAUUGCCGAGUCAAACCGGCCUUUCGCCUUAUCUGCGAUUCGGGUGCCUCAGCACGCGACUCUUUUAUUACCAGCUCACCGAUUUGUAUAAAAAGAUAAAGAAGGCUGUGCCACCGCUGUCGUUACACGGGCAGCUGCUCUGGCGCGAGUUCUUUUACUGCGCCGCGACAAAGAACCCCAAUUUCGACCGCAUGCAGGGUAACCCGAUUUGCGUGCAGAUACCGUGGGACAAGAACAUCGAGGCGCUCGCAAAGUGGGCGAACGGUCAGACGGGAUUUCCGUGGAUCGACGCGAUCAUGACUCAACUGCGCGAGGAGGGCUGGAUACAUCAUCUGGCCAGACAUGCGGUUGCUUGUUUCUUGACCAGGGGCGACCUUUGGAUCUCAUGGGAGGAAGGAAUGAAGGUGUUCGAUGAGCUACUCUUGGACGCCGACUGGUCUGUCAAUGCCGGCAUGUGGAUGUGGCUGUCAUGCAGCUCAUUCUUCCAACAAUUUUUCCACUGCUACUGUCCUGUGCGAUUCGGCAGGAAGGCGGAUCCGAACGGCGAUUAUAUCAGACGCUAUCUGCCGGUGCUGAAGAACUUUCCGACCCGGUACAUCCACGAACCGUGGAACGCGCCGCUCAGCAUACAACACGCCGCUAAAUGUGUCAUCGGCAAGGAGUACUCCCUGCCGAUGGUGAAUCACAACAAGACCUCGCGCAUCAACAUCGAGCGGAUGAAGCAGGUGUACCAGCAGCUGAAUAAGUACCGCGAUAACGGAGUUUCGUUCAAAGGAGAAAAGAUCGGCUUGCUGAACGCAUUGUUGGCGCCGACGAAGGAGACCGACGAGGAAAAGAGGAAGCAGGACUCGCCGAAUCAAGAGAACGAGCAGAAAAUGGAAACUAUUAGUAAUUCUCCGCAACAACAGCAAUAGCAUCAAUAGCGAUAACUGAUAAUAAUAAUUUAAUAAAUACGUUAAUGUGUUAUGUGAUAACGUUGACGCUGUCCCUUUUGUGGAUUUUACUAAAUGCGUCAGAAAACUGAAACUUUCCAAUUAUAUUUAUAUUUGUUUGAUUAACCCUUAAUUAGCUCCGAGAAGACGAGGCGUUAAUUACAUUUGACUUUAAUUUAGUAACUUUUCUAUUUUAACUUGCCCUCAUUCCAAUACCGCCUAUAAUUUAAUGUCAUAUAAAUUCAAUGAAAAUUCAAUAUUUAUAAAAAUUAUACACAUGUCUAAUAUAUGAAUGAAAUAUAUUAAUUUUAAUAAUUAUACUUUUUGAUUAUAUUCCGGGCGAUAAUUUUUAAGAGUUAAUCAUAAGAUCAAGACACAUCUCAUGAAGCGCAUGUAUCUAAAAAGGGACACUGCAUUAUUUUUUUGAUACCCAUAAAAAGAAAGAAAUAAAUGUUUUAGCAGCGAGCAGAUUUAAAACACUUGCAGAUAAAACAUCUUGCAUUUUGCUACAUGUAAUUGUGCAACGAUAUCCCUCUCGCGCGAUAUAUUAUUGAUCAACAACCGUGCCAUUUUGACUUUUUAUGGUUGCGAACGAUGGUUGUAAAUAUCGAAUGCACAUACGUUGUAUAAAAGAUACUUUUCAUGUAAA